GGCACCAAAAAGUGGAUCUUCAAAAUGGUGCGCUACUCAUAUGUUCGGCCUAAUGAUGGCCAGACUCUGAAGUUUGGCCAUGCAUUUUAAAAGAACCACCUGUUUGUUUAUCAAAUACAUCUAUGGUGUUUGGUGAUGUUCCCCCUCUACCUACAUGUACGGAAUCAUAUGCCUUCCAGGUGGCUGGUCAUUCUCGAGAAAAUGCAAGUAGUUUCGAAAUACUUCGAGAUACAUCUAAACCAAUUAUUUAUAAGUCAUUACAAGAUCGUGAAAGAGGUAUGCGUGAAGUGAUGUUUUACCAGAAUGUGUUUUCUGCGGAUGCUUCGGAAGCACUUAAACGUCUUCGUCAAUUUAUUCCAACUUAUUAUGGAGUUUUUCAAUGCCCAGGAACUAAAGCUUACUAUAUGGCUUUAACUGAUCUGGUGGCCGAUUUCAAACAACCAAAUAUAUGUGAUUUCAAAAUGGGUACGGUCACUUAUUUUCCAGGUUCUUCACAAGAUCAAAUCUCUCGUGAACAGCUUAAAUAUAUGUGGCGUCGUAAAAUAGGAUUUGUUUUAUCUGGUAUGCAGAUAUCCGAUACAAAAAAUCAUUGUUUAAUUAAAUUCCCUAAAGCAUUUGGACGUACUUUAACUCCAGAACAAGUUUAUUCAAUUGGUGUAAAAUCAUUUCUAGGUGCAGAUCCUGCCUAUAGUGUAAAACUUGCUCAAAAUUAUAUCAUACAACUUAGUCGUAUUUUAAAUUGGUAUGUGGAAUAUGGUGCAAAAGAGCUCACAUUCUGUCGUUCCUCACUUUUAUUGAUUCACGAGUCAUUGCCAAGUAACAAUAAUAAUAAUGAACAUUAUCCUUCCAAAUCAUGUUUUGCAUCAUCCUCAGCACCCAUCACUACCACCAUAAUUAACAACAACAACAGCAACACACAUCAUACUUCAUGUACAACAAAAAAUCCAACUGUGAAAACUUCAACAAUAUUGAAUAAUCAAUUAAUUAAUAAUAACUUUAAUAAUAUUUCUUCUCUUCAUAAAAUCAGUACUAAUAACGGUAAUAAUAAUGAUACUUCUAUUCCUUCUAACAUACAUGCUCAAGUUUAUUUAAUUGAUUUUGCACAUUGGUCUAAGAAAAAUUACUCGAAUGAUAUUGAAUAUAAUAAAAAUUAUUGGACAUGUGAAUUAACUAAUGGUUUUCGUCAUGGAUUAGAAAAUUUAAUUCAAUUAAUGCAUUGUGUUGUGAAUACAGAAAGUGAAAUUUGUAUAAAUUAAUAAAUAAUUAUUAAUUAACUUUUGCUAUGUAUCAAUAUAUAUAUAUAUAUACUUAACAUCUCUGUGCUAAUGUGGUAUGUCAACUCGAGCUGAUGUACGUUCGUACUUACGUAUAAAGUUCUACGUUGUUACUGAUUGACUGAUUUACUUACGCCUGUUACUCCCAGUGGAGCAUAGGAUCAAUAUAUAUUAAUAGUUUAUUAAUUAGCCUUAGUUGAUAUUUUUCAACAUUUAAAAAAAAAAUUAAAAUUAAUAACAUACUACUAAUAUAUCUACACAAAAAUCUCUCACUGAUGAAGAGUUGAACACUCACUCAUUCACAUAUCUAGAGGCACGCACACAUACACACGUAAACACUUUCUGGAAUUCACUAUUGUUAUAUAUUUUUUUCCUGCUACGACUAAUCAUAUUAUUAUUAUUAUUACUACUACUUAUAUAUUACAUUGUAUGCAUAUUACGAGGAAAAAGUAGUUUCUGCAUUUUGGAAAUUUCGAUUUGUCCCUCCCUUACCCCUCCCCCCUUUCUCUAUAAAUAUAUCUAUCCGAAAUUAUUUGAAUAUGAUAUUCAGUAUGUAUGUAUUUAUUUGUAUACUAUCCACUUAAUAUUAAUAAAUGUUGUCUAUUUGUUUAUUUGGCAUGUUUGUUUAUGAAUAAUUAAUCAACAACAAUAAAAAGUUAUUUAUUUUAUUC